CAUCAAUGAUAAUCUAGUUGAAGUCCUGAUAAGAAUGGCCCACGGGGAAAUUUUGUCUAAAAUAGCCUGUAACCCAGCUCGCAGAUUUCAUGCGCAGUAUACCUUCCGUUCACAUUUAAUCCACGCGGCUUCCUCGCCAGAACCAAUGCGCUUUCCGCAAUAUCGUCGAGCCUCUUCUCUCGGGGUUCUAGAAGGAUGGUUGUGAUGUAUUUUGCUCGGUGAAAUGCUGAUUGGCAUUACUCAGAGGAUAGUUAUAGCAGUACG